GUCUUUCUUAUAGCCUUAAUAUAUCACUUUAUACUCCAAAUUAAAUUAAAACCAAAAUUCUAUCUAUGGGUCUCUAUGGGAAGUUGGAAAAAGAUGUACCAAUCAAAGCUUCAGCUUCAAAGUUUCAUGAAAUAUUUCAUAAGAGACCUCAUCAUAUCUCAAACGUCUCUUCCGACAUAAUACACGGUGUUAAUCUACAUGAGGGCGAAUGGGGCAAAGUUGGCUCGAUCGUCUGCUGGAGAUAUUUUCUUGAUGGGAAGUCUAGAGCGACAAAGGAGAUCAUUGAAGAAGUUGACGAAGAAAACAAUGCAAUAACUUUCAAAGUAAUCGAGGGACACCUUAAAGAACACUACGAGAAAUUUAGGUUUAAAAUCAAAUGCAUUCCAAAGGAAAAGGGAAGUAUUGUUCAUUGGUGCUUGGAAUAUGAAAAGCUACAUGAUGAGAUUCCAGAAACACAUGGUUUAUUAAUGGAUCUUUGUGUGAAGGUCUCUAAAGACCUUGAUGCUUACCUUAAUGAAGGUGAAACCCACAAAUUUUCCCUGAUGGGUAGAUAUGGAAAGCUGGAAAUCGAUGUCCCAAUUAGAGCUCCCGCUUCAAAGUUUCAUGAAAUGUUUCACAAGAAACCUCAUCACAUCUCCAAUGCCUCCAGUGACAAAAUACACGGCGUCGACCUACAUGAGGGCGAAUGGGGCCAAGUUGGCUCCAUCAUUUGCUGGAAAUAUUUUCACGAUGGUAAAGCUAGAAUAGCAAAGGAGAUCAUUGAACACGUUGACGAAGAAAACAACUCAAUCGCUUUCAAAGUAAUUGAAGGAGACCUUACUGAACACUACAAGGAUUUUAAGCUUACAAUCCAAUGUAUUCCAAAGGGUAAAGGAAGUGUGGUUCAUUGGAUCUUAGAAUAUGAGAAGUUGCACGACAAGAUUCCAGAUUCACAUACUUUGCUGCAGUUUUGUGUUGAAGUCUCUAAAGACAUCGAUAAACAACUUUGUGCGUAUUGAUGAACCCUAGCUAGUCAUGUUGCUGUGGCAUGACACAAGAUUUUAGUACUCAUCAUUUCUCAGGUGUGUCGUUGUUCGUUAUAUAUAAAUAAUUUGGCUUUUUACUAUGCUAAAAUUGCCAAUUCUGAUCUAGCUAUAUGUAUGUUUUAAUACUAAUCUAAAGUCAUGUGUAUGUGUGAUGAUAUGUUCUAUAUGUUGUACUAAAUGGCAGAAGUAAUAUAUUCUCUAUAUAUGAUAAUAUCCUACUCUUUGGAAUGUGAAAUAUAUAAUAAUAAUAUAAGUAAUUUCUAUGUAA